GUCAGCGCCCAGCAUCAAUUCAACAGCCAUGGCCGAGGUGGGCAAUAAAUUCCGCGACAUCCAGCGCUAUCUGUCCGAUGGCCGCUUCCCUCCUACAUUCUGCCCAGCCAAGAAGAAGAACCUGAAGCGCUAUGCGCAGAAGUUCCUGCUGGAAGGUGGCUGUUUAUACUAUGUGGGGCCAAAGAAGGACGAGAAGAGAGAAGUGGUGGUGGAUCGGGAGAGGCGACGGCAAAUCUUCCUGGAAUGUCACUUUUCUGACGUCGGCUGUCACUUGGGCCAAAAGAAGACAGUACACAGGAUCCAAACCCGAUAUUAUUGGUUGGGGAUAGUAAAGGAUGUUGUAGAUUGGAUUAAAAUGUGUGAUACCUGCCAGCAUGCAGAACACUACAAGAACGUCUCUCGCAAAUUUCAACCAUUGAAAGUGACGAGACCAUGGGAAAUUCUUGGCCUUGAGCUCACAGGUCCUUUCCCAGAGACGGUCCGCGGGAAUACCUACAUACUGAUAGUCACAGACUAUUUUACAAAGUGGGUUGAAGCAAUUCCAAUACAGAACAGAGAUGCAUUGUCUGUAGCUGGGGGCUUGGCUGCUACCUUUUACAGGUUUGGGGCUUCAAAAGAGACAUUCUCCAAGGAAAGCAGGAUAUUUUGUGAUGAGGUGAACAAAAACCUGCGUGAACAUUGGAAUAUUCACGACAAAGUGACUUCUGCUGAGCACCCGCAGUACACAGGCCUCGAUGACAGAACCGGUGAAGUACUGAAGACAGCCAUUAGGAACACAGUGAACUCCAAGCUGAAGGACUGGGACAUCUGCUUAGACCCAAUCCUCUUUGAAUUUCGGACGUCGGUAAAUUCAAGUACCAAGUUCACACCUUUUUUCCUGCUGUACAACCGAGAAGCACGAUUAUCGUCCAAGGGAGAGUUUGAAAUUGCACAUGAAUACAGACUGCAAGAUAACUGUGCCAUCAAAGCGGAAAGUAUCGACAAGUUCGCAAGUUCCAUGGCUGAGCAACAACACACAGUUAAAGAAAUGGUACUUGCCAACCUGGCUGCAGCUCAGAAGUGUGAGAAGAAGCAUGCCAAGAUGAAAGCUAGGAAGGAGAUCCAUUUUACCAUGGGAGGUGAACCAUUUCCUGGAAACACCAAAAAACUGAAGAAAAGUCACUUUCUUUCUUCUCAGAUUGAAACAACUUUGUCCUCUGAGCACACUGUGGGUGGUGGAAUGGUGUGAAGCUGCUUUUCAAUAUCAUAUAAAUUAUUUAUGGGAUUGAGGAGAAUUUUUUCCAGAGAUGUCAUCCUAAGAAAUGGAUUGAAAAUGGCAAUGCAAAGCCCUAUCUUUGGGUCAAGGAGCCAGCACCAAGAUAAGUACCUGGGAGCAGGUGUCCGACAGUCUCAACACCCGGGGGCGGGUGUCCAACAGUCUCAACACCCGGGGGCGGGUGUCCAACAGUCUCAACACCCGGGGGCGGGUGUCCAACAGUCUCAACACCCGGGGACGGGUGUCCGACAGUCUCAACACCCGGGGACGGGUGUCCGACAGUCUCCACACCCGGGGACGGGUGUCCGACACUGAGCUCAAGACCCGGGGACAGGUGUCCGACACUCAGCACCUGAGGAAAGGUGUCUGACACUGAGCUCAAGGCCAGAACGAGACAUUAUGUAUCCGGUAUCUGCACUCUGACCUGCUCGCCGUAAAUUUUUUAUCUUUAAACUGUUCAGAAUCAGAAUUAAUUUUACACCAACAGUAUUAUCUGUUCAGUCUCUUGUAUAUUUGUGGAAUGCUUUUACCUUGUAAAUAUCUGAAAUCUGCUGGAAUUCCUCACGCACACUUUUGAUUUUAUAAAACGUGAUUUUGUAAAUUUGAAGAAUUGAAAUAUUUGAUU